GCCGAGUCGAUACUGGCGCAAGCGACGCACACGUAAAAACCGACCCAGUGGAGGGUGCCGGCGGAGUAUUAUUGUGAAUGUAGGCGUAUGUGCCGUAGACUGUUGCUUAGUGAGGCGCCACGUGGGAAAGCUGCGAGAUUAUUUCGUGUGUAGUGAGAACGUGGCGAAUGUAGUGGAAAGUUUGCGUGUUGUAUCUUUCCAUUUUUGUGGAGUUCCGCUUCAUGUGAAUGAAGAGGACAUCAAGUGCAAAAGGGUACGCUCAAAACAUCGAACAAAAAGAAAUUGUGAUCUUCUAGUUCAAGAAGUAUACUUCUGCAGGCACAAUGCCGGUGUUUCAUACUAAAACCAUUGAGAGUAUUUUGGAGCCAGUCGCACAGCAGGUGUCGCGGCUGGUGAUCCUGCACGAGGAGGCGGAGGAUGGCAACGCCAUGCCCGACUUGGAGCGACCCGUGCUGGCCGUCUCCCGCGCCGUCAACAACCUGGUCAAGGUGGGCCGGGAGACCAUCAACUCGAGCGACGACCCGCUGCUGCGCCAGGACAUGCCGGCCUCGCUCACGCGCGUCGACCAGGCCAGCAAGCAGCUGGAGGACGCCUCCUCCAUGCUCAAGAGGGACCCGUACUCGCAGCCGGCCAGGCGGAAGCUGAUCGAGGGCUCGCGCGGAAUCCUGCAGGGCACCUCGUCGCUACUGCUCUGCUUCGACGAGUCGGAGGUGCGCAAGAUCAUCCGCGAGUGCAAGAAGGUGCUCGACUACCUGGCCGUGGCCGAAGUCAUCGAGAGCAUGGGCGACCUGGUGCAGUUCGUCAAGGACCUCAGCCCCUGCCUCACCAAGGUGUCGCGUGACGUGGACGCCCGCGAGAAGGAGCUGACGCACCAGGUGCACCGCGAGAUCCUGACGCGCUGUCUGGACCAGGUCAAGACGCUGGCGCCCAUCCUCAUCUGCUCGAUGAAGAUCUUCAUUCAGAUCAUCACGCAGUCGCCAGGCAAGGGCGCCGAGGAGGCGGCCGAGAACCGCAACUACCUGUCGAGCCGCAUGAGCGACGAGAUCAACGAGAUCAUCCGCGUGCUGCAGCUGACCACCUAUGACGAGGACGAAUGGGACGCCGACCUGCUGACCGUCAUGAAGAAGGCCGAGAACGCCAUGGGGCCCAAGCUGCAGGCGGCGCAGGACUGGCUGCAGGACCCGCAGGCGGUGCGCGGCGGCGUCGGCGAGAAGUCGCUGCGGGGCGUGCUGGAGCUGGCGGGCCGCGUGGCGGAGCGGGCGGCGCCCCAGGACCGCGAGGCCAUCAACAAGCUGGCCGGCGACGUCGGCGCCAUGGCCGACGCGCUCUGCGAGCUGCGUCAGAACGGACAGGGCGCCACGCCGCAGGCGCAGAGCCUGGCGCGCAGCCUGCAGGCGCAGCUGGGCGAGCUGCACGGCCUGGUGCGCGGCGCCGUGGCCGGCGUGGAGCGCUCCGGCGUGCAGCAGCCGGCGCACACGCUGGCCGGCCGGCUGGAGCAGGCGCGCCGCUGGCUGCAGGCGCCGGCCGCCGCCGACGGCCGCGCGCUCGGCCAGGCCGCCAUCCAGCUGGUGGUGGAGGAGGGCCGCCGCGCCGCCGACAGCCUGGCCGACCCGCAGCGCCGCCAGGUGCAGGCGCUCUGCGACGACGCCGACUCGCUCUCGCGCCAGCUGGCGGACAUGGUGCGGCGCGGCGAGGGCGACUCGCCCCAGGCGCAGGCCGUGGCCAGGCAACUGUCGAGCAAGCUGCAGCAGCUGAAGGACCAGAUCCAGGGCGCCCUGGUCGAGCGCGUGGUGGAGGACUUUGUCGACAUCGUGACGCCGCUGAAGCAGUUCAGCGAGGCCAGCCUGGCACCAGAGGGCGUGCCCGGCCGCCAGGAGGCGUUCGCCGACAAGGCGGACAAGCUGCAGCGGUUCAGCACGCAGGCGGCGCGCACCGGCCGCAUGGUGGCCUCGGCCGGCGCCACCGGCAACAAGAAGCUGUCGGAGGCGCUGCAGGCCUCCGCCACGGAGGUGGAGAGCCUGCACCCGCAGCUGGUGAACGCCGGCAGCAUCCGGCUGCAGUACCCGGAGAACAAGGCGGCCGACGAGCACUUCGAGAACCUGCGCAAACAGUACGCCGAGUCGAUCAGCCGCGUGCGCGAUCUCAGCGACGAGGCCAUCGACGUGGCGCAGUUCGUCCGGCAGUCGGAGGAGCUGAUCAGACACCACGCCGACCGGUGCGAGACCGGCGUGCAGAGGCGCCAGCCGGCCGAGGUGGUGGAGAACACGUCGGCCAUCGCUAGGCUGGCCAACCGCCUGCUGAUGGUGGCCAAGAAGGAGGCGGACAACUCCGAGGACCCGCGCUUCAUCAGCCAGAUCCAGCUGGCCAGCGAACGGCUGCAGCACGGCGUGACCCCGAUGGUGCAGAGCGCUAAGACCGUGGCCAUCAACCCGGCCGACCAAGAGUCGGUGCGGCGCUGGCGGGCCUCGAACCGGGAGCUGCUGGAGGCUGUGGCAGAUGUGAGGAAGGCUAUCGGUCCGGAAGCCGACCUCACUCCCAGCAUGGCCCAGAUGGAGCUGAACGAGGCGGCGCCGCCGCGCCCGCCGCCGCCGGCCGGCGAGCAGCCGCCGCCGCGGCCGCCGCCCCCGCCAGAGACCGACGACGAGGAGGACAGCCAGCUGUUCCGGCACGCGCCGCCGGCCAACCAGCCCAUCAUGGCGGCCGCGCACGGCCUCCACCAGGAGGUGGCGCAGUGGAGCAGCAAGGACAACGACAUCAUCGCGGCGGCCAAGCGCAUGGCCCAGCUGAUGGCGCAGCUCAGUCAGCUGGUGCGCGGCGAGGGCGGCGGCAACAAGCGCGACCUGAUCGCCUGUGCCAAGGCCAUCGCCGAGGCGUCCGAGGAGGUCACACGGCUCGCCAAGGAGCUGGCGCACGAGUGCACCGACAAGCGCAUGCGCACGCAACUGCUGCAGGUGUGUGAGCGCAUCCCCACCAUCGGCACGCAGCUGAAGAUCCUCUCCACAGUCAAGGCCACCAUGCUGGGGGCGCAGGAUGACGAGGCGUUCGGUCGGCGGGAGGACGGCAUUGUGACCAGCGGCACUGAGGAGGACCAAGAGGCCACUGAUAUGUUGGUCGGCAACGCUCAGAACUUGAUGCAGUCAGUCAAGGAGACGGUGCGGGCGACGGAGGCGGCCAGCAUCAAGAUGCGCACAGACGCUGGCAUACAGCUGCGUUGGGUGCGCCGAUCGCCUUGGUACCAGUAGACGUCCAUAACACACGGGCCGUCGACGGCACGCAAACGGCGGGCGCGGCCGUUGUGUGCAGGUGGUGGCGGCGCAUCGACAACGAGGGAGACGGGAUUGGUUUCCCCGACUGUCCUAGGUUAUUAGAUGCACAUAACCUCGUACACUGCCGCUGCCGAGAGGUGGCCCGCUGUCCGCAGAAAGCCACGCCUGUAGUAGAUAAACAUAACUGUGCGAAAGGCUGCAUUGGACGGAGCUAGCCGGGCAGCCGGCCGUAGACAAGUUUUGAGGCGUGUUUGUUGGUGCUCGCCGUCCGAGGACAUGAGUACUAGAGCCUUCCAGAAGUUCAGGGGUGGUAUUUUAAGGCAUUUCGCUUCGAUACUCUUCAUUUGCUAAUGCUGGUUCAAAAUUCAAGUAAACUCGGCUGGAGUUUAGAAUGGGGGUACGGUUUAUGAAUUUGUUAAUGUAUUACUGUGCUGAAAUCAUGUCUGUCUUCGUCUGCUUCUGGAGCUACUAGUUAAUCAGUUAAUACUAGAUGCGUCUGCCAAUUACGAAAAAGUAUGUAGUUAUGUCAAAACAAUAAGCUGAUCGUAAGUUUCUAUGCGACGCCAGGAAGGGUUAAUACCAUCCAGAUCGUUUCCAUUGUUCACCGAAAACUGAACAAGAUUGGUAGUAAGGUACUUAGAAUUUAUGUUGGAUGCGCAAAACAUGUAUUGGUUUGCCCAAUGCACGGCAAUUAUGCGGCCGCAACUCUCGACACAAUCGCGUGCGUAAUUACGCACAAUGCGUAUGGUGGGCAGUCGGUGUUCGGUGGCCUUUCUCGGCAUAGUGGACACCAGAACCCUGAAGGUGCUUAACAGCGCAGUGCGCUGAAAAAGCGACCCGAGGGCACAUUCUUAUCCGCCUGGAAUUUGCUAUAUUAUAUGUUUAGAUGAAUUGUUUGCUAAUAUUUUCAGCUUGUUUUGUUUGGCCGUCGUUUUGAUGUCUGCGUAGACUUCGCACUAUGGUUUGUCAACCAUGUGUGUGCGUGCGUGUGUGUGUAUCAUGCUUCUGCGAAGUUCUGGGAUGAUCCAUUUAACCGACAAUCUUUUUUUCUCGCAAAUAUUUUAUUGCGGAUGUCACCACAACGUGCCAUGAGCAACUUGUGAACAAUUGUCAGUGAGGCGAUCAGGCGUGUGUCGCGAUAUGUUGGCGCGGUUGGUCCGUCAGUGGAAAGCCCUGUGGAAACGGCGACCCGUCCGAACUGCGUGCGCCGACACGUACCGUCACAUUUGACGCAAUGGCAAUACCGCUGGUGUACGGGCGCGCGGCGUCGGCAACGGCCGGUGUCGUCGGUGCCCACAUCUGCCGUGAAGCGGCGAUUAACUUGCGUGUGCGUUACUACAAUCACGAACCGGGCCGUACGCAGCGCUGUUUCGCGCGCCUCGUUGAUUUGGGCGGCCUGAGCGGCAUCCAGGUGCGACGCGGCUAACUAACCGGCGUCUGCCCCGGGCCGGCGCCGACCCAGCCUGUCUGGAGCUGGCGCGGGGGCUCGCUGUAGGUGUGAGGUGGCGCUGGGCGGUGCGGUGGCCACGACCGGGCGGCUGGAGCCCCCUCCCUUCCCCGCUCGGUUGUGCUGCGGACUGACCUGCCUCUUCUCCACGAGCUGCUCGCUAGAGGGAGCAGACGUGGCGCAGCCCAGCGCUGUGACGCACUGUCUGCGCUGAUCUUCCUAACCGACGCUGUGAGAUUGCCAACUAACGUCCAACAAUACAUAAUAGCAUGCG